AUGGCUGCCAAGACAGAUUCCCCUUCCAGCGUCGUGGCCGCCCCUCAUCUUCAGAUCCCCCCCGGUCUGCGUCAGUCGUUGGAAGACACCAAGGUCAAGUAUCGCCAGCUUGGCAAGUCUGGUCUGCGCGUGUCGGUGCCAGUAUUUGGCACCAUGGGCCUCGGCUCCAAGAAGUCUAUUCCCUGGGCAUUGGAGGCCGAUGAGGCCCUCCCCCUUCUCAAGGCAGCGUACGACCGCGGUCUCAACACGUGGGAUACGGCCAACGUCUACUCCUGCGGUAUAUCGGAGGAGAUCAUCGGAAAGACGCUGAAGGAGUACAGCAUCCCUCGCGAAAAGGUCGUCAUCAUGACCAAGUGCGCCUUCGCGGUGGGCGAGGAGCCGGAGAUAAUCCCGUACUUUGUGGGCGACGCCCUGACCAGGUCCAAGGACUACCAGAACCUGGCGGGGCUCUCGCGAACGGCCAUCUUCAACCAAGUCGAGGCUUCGCUCAGGAGGCUGGGCACGCCGUACAUCGACCUCCUCCAGAUCCACCGCUUCGACCCGACCGUCCCGGUGGAGGAGACGAUGAAGGCGCUGCACGACCUCGUCCAGGCCGGCAAGGUCCGGUAUCUGGGGGCCAGCAGCAUGCGGUCGGUGCAAUUCGCUAGGAUGCAGUUCGUCGCCGAGCGCAACGGUUGGACGCCCUUUGUCAGCAUGCAGAACCAUCACAACCUGCUGUACCGCGAGGAGGAGCGUGAGAUGAACCCCUUCUGCGACGAGACGGGCGUCGGCCUGAUCCCCUGGUCCCCGCUGGCCCAGGGCGCCCUCGCCCGCCCCGUCGACCAGCAGAAGGCCACCCAGCGCGGCGCGUUGCCAUUCCUCGUCCUGGGCCAGUCCCCGGCCGAUCAGGAGAUCAUCAAGCGCGUCAAGGAGACGGCCGACAAGCACGGACGGACCAUGGCAGAGAUCGCCCUGGCCUGGUCCUGCGGCCGCAACACCAGCCCCAUCGUCGGCUUCAGCAGUGUCAAGCGUAUCGAUGAGGCCAUCGAGGCCAGCUACCUCGAGCUGACCGCCGACGAGGUCAAGUACCUCGAGGAGCCCUACCAGGCCAGGCCCAUCAUCGGUCACAACUAG